AUGGCACUCGUUUGUCUGCCGUGGUCGCAUUCGAGCCGCAGUUGGCUGCCAACUACCUGCUGCAGGUAUGCUAAGGGCCAAACACAUCCAUCCAUCCAUCCAUCCAUCCAUUCGGUCAUCCAUUGCUGUGUUGGCUCAUUCCUUGACGCAGGCCUUGUGGCUGGUGGACGGCCUUGUGUGGGACGAAGCGGCCGACGCACUGCGGCUGGCCGGCCAGUGUGGAUUGUGUCAGCUGCCUGUGACCGUGGGUGAGCAGGAUCUGAGAAGACACCGCACCAAACAGGUAUGGAAGGAUCCACAGUGCACUGCGAUGCAUUAAUGUCGGUCACUUGCUGUCUGUCUGCGUGUGUGUGUCGUUUCAGGCGUUUCUGGCUAAGCCGCGUGUGGUGGCGCUGUGGAAGAUGGUCGGGCGGCAAGUAGACUUCGGUGGCAAUCUGGGUAGUUUCGAGCUGUUCACCCACAGCGAUGGCAGGCUGCGGGCCAUCAAGGACAGGCCAGCGUACGGUCUCGACCUGACCCCCCUCCCGCACACCCACAACCCGCCUGUCCGCUAGCGUGUCAGCGGCUACAAUAUGUCACAAGACAGCUGGGCGAUCGCUGCACAUGGUUUUGGUCACACCAUGGCCGAGGAUUUAAAUACGACAUCAUAGCCAAACACCAGAAACACCUGUAUAGCUGCUUCGGCGAGUACUUUGUGUCACUAUUCGACACGACACUCAACAAGCCGGGCACACUCGUGGUGGGUCCCACACAGCACAUUGCCACUCAUGUGUGACGUCGCAUGCAUUCUCAUAUGUGUGUGUGUGUCGUGUGUGUGUGUGUGUCAAUGUGUGUGUCAGGAAGUAUGGGGGGACAAGACAGCAGCACCCGACAGACACAAGCUGCUCAGCGAGGGCAUCUACGAGUACAUCACCAACCGCCGCCCCAACAAGUGGCGCCACCUCUGUACCGCCAAAGACGUACAACACGACACAACACAACACAACACGGCACACUGUCGACUGUCACUCACUGCUUGUUUCACUUCAUGUGUCGUAUCGGUGUGUGUGGUUCUUUCAUUAUCAAUGCAGUACCUCAAGGCCACCAACAAGGACGAGAAGAUGACCAUCCGUUUCGCAGCGGGUGACAGCUGCCUCCAGGCGGGCUCGACGGCUCUCCUCCGCUACCAGGAGGCUGAGCCGCGAGCCGUCCGGGGCGCUGUCAAACCCAUCAUCAUCAUCGAGACCUGCGACGGAUGGAUGUGAGCUCAAUCUUCACAUGCAUCAGUGCGUGUCGCCCACGUGUGCCAUCACUUCUCUCUCUCUGUGUGUGUGUGUGUGUGUGUGUGCAGCAUUAUUACUAUCAUAAUCAUAUGGUGGAUAAGGUGGAUCAAGAAGAGAAAAUGCAUAGCCUGCCCAGAACUCGACGGCAUCGAAAACAUACAGGUGCAAACAAAGUGGCCGACUCGCAGUCUGGUUGAUCACAUUGCCCACCUCUCUGUUUGUCUGGCUGUCUUUGUUGGUGCAGGUGGCGACACAGCCCGUGAGUAGCGGUAAGCGAGACAUCACGGACCCCACCAAGGUACAACCAUGUCCACACACAACACACACCCUCCUCCAUCACACACAACACACGUCCCUCUCCCUCUCUGUGUCUGUGUGUGACACCUUUUCUGUCAGUUGGUGAAGUUAAUCCAGCAGCAGCACCCCAACCUGACUCUCCGUAAGCACGCCCGCCACGAGUCGGUGUUCGCAUCUCGAUGUUCUGUUGCUUUGCAGGCGGGAUGGUGGCUGGCUUCCUACUCAACGGAGGCAGCCACUUCCCGCGGGUGGUCAAUAGCCUCCCCGAGGCCUUCACGCUGCUCGAAACGCACAAUAACAUACAGGAGGUGAACAUCACUCACACAACAUGCCACUCACCCUGCACACGACAUUUGUCCAUCUCGUCUGUGUCUCUCCGUUUGUCUGUCAGGUGGUUGAGGUGGUGAGUAGUAAGCGGCUGGCCGAGGGCAAGCCCAUGCCCACCAACGCCGCCCAGCUGAUCUAUGAUAUCACGCUGGCCGCCAUCCACGGCCCGGUGCUGGCCGACAUAUCCGACCGUAAUGACGAGGUACGUGAGCGAUCACUGCACACACCACACACACAAGUGGCAAUCAUCACUCGUGUGUGGUGUAUUGACUGUCUGUGUGUCUGCAUGUGUGUGUGUGUGUGUGUGUGUAUUGCUGCAGCACAUCCGCCCGCUGGUCUCGGUGGACGAGUCGUUUGUUGAGGAGGAGCUGGGGGAGGCCUGCUGGGACUGA